GCACGCGACUUCCAAUUCCGCAUCAACUGGCUCUACCGGCCGCGCGACAUCCCGCGUGAUUCCGCUGACUCGCGUAUGCUCUACAUCACGAUGCACUCAGACGUGUGUCCGCUCAGCACCUUCCGCGGAAAGGUGGUGGUGCGUCACCGCGACGAGGUGGGCGUGCUCGACGACUACCGCGCACGCCCCAACCACUUUUACUUCAACAAGCUCUUUGACCGCUAUAUGGUGCGCUUCUAUGAGGUGUUGUGCGUGGCGCUCUUGGAGCCGCGACUCACUCCGAACUAUUUUGCUGCGUUGCACAAACGCUUCCCGUACGUUUUUAUGGAGACUACGACUGCCUCUGCCGAAAGCAUUCUCGCAAAGAUGAUGCAUCUGAACUGUGAGGUAUGCCACCAGUGGCUGGGUGCCGCCGAGGAUGACACCAACGCGUUAGUCAGCUGCACGCAGUGCGACAAGCACUUCCACAUGUUGUGCUUGGAUCCGCCAUUGGCACGUAAGCCCAGUAAGGGCUUUGGCUGGUACUGUGUGGGGUGCACCAGAAAGUACCACGAAGAGCAGGAACUGACGGAGACGAGGUCUUUUGAAGAGAGCUUUGUGAAGGAUUCCUCCGAGGAGAGGGCUUCAGAUCCCGAGACGACGAAGGAGGAACAGCCUUCAGCGGUCAUGCCUUACCAGGAAAUGAUUGCGGCUCGGUUCCUCGCGCGCGAUGCGGGCGUUUCGUUUGCGGCGCGCCGUGACUUGGAGGAGUGGCCGUACCACUACCUCGGGCUCCAUGCGAACAUCAUCGACAUCAUCCACCCGGACCACCAGUCUGUGGACAACCCAUAUCCGCGCGCCAAGUCGCGCUUGAGUGUGGCUAAGCACCAGGCAAGCGUGGAGGACUGGGAGGGCCACCACGAGGUGUACUACGACGUGGAGGAUGCCGCGCCCGACAGCAAGAAGAAGAAGGUUGACGCGAAGAAGAAGAAAUCGCCGCUGGCGGAAAAGAAGGGGGACCAAAAGGACACUGAGGCGCACUCAGCGCUCUUCCACCGGUUGGCCGUUCCCGACGAAUAUCGCGACACGGACCCCGCGGACUAUCCCGCGUGGUUGAAACCCAGACCCCACGGGUACGUUGAGCGGGGGGGAGACGUGACGGCCGAGUUGUUAUGGACGUCGCCUGCGGAGUACUGCGCGCCCCGGGGCGAAGGCUUGGCGGACUUUGAGAACCCUCGCGACAGCAUCGAGGAGUACUUGCGUGCGUGUUCGCCUCAUGCCGCGCGGCUAGACGUGCUUGUGACGUCACCCAACUUUAUGGACGCCUGUCUCAAGGCGUAUCUCGACAGCGGAUACCAACGAGGACCUGCGCUCGCAGUGGUAGCGCGGCUCACGCGUGCACGCCUCAAGGAGCCCACAUUCAGUAAGAAAGAGGUGGAGAAGUUCGAGGGGGCCGUUGCAGAGUUCGGCAGCGAGUUGUUUGAUGUACACAGAGCCGUGGGAUCGCAGUCCAUGGGCAUGGUGGUGCGCUUCUACUACAUGUGGAAGAAGUGUCCGAAUGGCCGCCGCAUCUGGGGC